AAUAAAAACGCCGCACUGAUAAAAGUAAGUAGUGAGUGCACUUUAUCCGGAAAUAAAGCACCUGCGAUGUCCGCAAAACGUGUGCUGACACCUAGUAAAGCCGAAAAUGGUUCCUUAUUGCAUAGCCAAAAGAAAUUCAAGCAGCAGCUGGAUUUCGCGCCAGAUGAACUGGAGAACAUCGAUUGGGGCGACGAUGCGGACUUCGAUUUGGCGGCAGUUGGAGCUCUGGAGUCGAUUUGUAGUCAUAGAUUGGAUCUCAGUCGCUUUCAGCGCUGCGAAGUGGUGGAAUUGGAGCAGGUCUCUGGCAAACAGGAGCUUCAGUUGACCCUGAAGCGCAUUUCUGGCGGGGAUGCGGCCACAGGCGUCUGCCGACUGGCUGCCCCCUGGAAUCACAUGCGUUUGGCCAUUGGCGAUGUGGUUUCCCUGGCUGGCAAGUGGCAGCCAAGUGCAGGCUGCUAUGUGGUGGACAAGGAGCAGGGCUACUGCGUCUCGCAGCCGGAUUUCUUGAUAUCUGGCACUACGGUCACUGGAUCCCUCUUUUGCCGCCGGAAAUCCGUGCUACAGGAGCGUUUUCGUGGCCUGGAUUCGGGAAAUGAUGUGAUGCUCAUAGGCACUCUGGUGCAUGAGUUGCUGCAGAAGGUGCUGCGGCAGCAGCUUUUCCUCAAGAACGACAUACUCGCUGCCCUCCAGGAAAUGCUGAUUAGCUCGUCAUUGGCCCAACUACUCUAUGCCAGCAAUCUCAGCCAGGCGGAAAUGGAAAUGCAACUCCUAAAGUUCAUAGAACCCAUCACUAGCUUUGUGGCCCAGUAUGUCAGGGGUGAAACUCCGGCUGUCUUAGCGCCAGAAUCUUACAGAGGCUGCAUUCAAGAAAUCCGCGAUAUUGAGGAGAACCUUUGGGUGCCCCAACUGGGCCUCAAGGGCAAGGUGGACGUCUCUGUUAGGGUGAAAAAUGCACUGAACAAGGAGGAAAUCAUACCCCUGGAACUGAAGACUGGCCGUGCCAGCUUCUCCAUGGAGCACAAGGGGCAGCUGCUGCUCUAUCAACUGAUGCACUCGGCGCAGGGCAGGGAAACCCACUCGGGAUUGCUUUUGUACCUCAAGGAGGGCCUUUUGAGCGAGGUGCCCAGCGGGAGAAACGAACAGAGGGAUCUUGUAUUGCUUCGCAACGAUUUGGCCUAUUGGCUGACCAAAGAAAUAACCAUUCCAGUGGCCAAAGAGGCUGUGCUAGAGCAAAUGCCACUGCCGGAACCCAUUUACCAUCACAGUGCCUGCGGCAACUGCGCCUACAACACCAUAUGCUCCAGUUUUGCCCAACACGAUGAGAGUUUGCAGCUCAGUGACUCACAUCCGCUCACGAAGCUCAUGCCACAGCUUUUGGGACACCUCAAGCAGCCGGAUCAUGCCUAUGUGCAGCACUGGUGUAGUUUACUCGCCCUCGAAGAGCAGCACAAUCGUCAGUCCUCGCACUUGAGAGCCUUUUGGACAGAGGAUCCCAAGCAAAGGCAAAAACAGGGCACAGCUAUUGCUCAUCUGCGACUAGUGAGGGCCCAAAAGAUCAUUAACGAUGAGGGACGCUAUCGCCAGAGCUUGGAACUCGAUGCAGCAGCAGAUGCCGGCCAGGAUCUCAGCCUCAGUGGGUUCGACUUGGGUGAAUAUGUGGUGAUCAGUUCCAGUUGCCGGCUAGCCAUUGCCUCUGGUUUUAUUGUGUCCUUGCAAGCUCGCAGCCUGGAGCUGCGCCUGGAGCGCGAUCUUAGCCAGCAUUAUGCGGAUGAAACCUUCGUGAUGGACAAACAUGAGUCGCAAAGCUUUGCCACCUUUAACUACACCAAUCUGGGACUGCUACUCUGCGAUGGAGAACGCUACCAGGAGCUGCGUGACAUCAUAGUGGAGAAGAGGCCACCGGAGCAGCACAGGGUGGUGCCCAAGCUGGUGCUGACCAAGGGAGCAGCCAUGCUGCUGCAGCUGAACAAGGUGCAAAAGAUGGCUGCGCUGCGUGCCUUGACCACCAGCAGUCACCUGCUGAUCAAGGGUCUUCCGGGCACGGGCAAGACCCAAACUUUGGUUUCCCUCAUCCGAUUGCUGCAUCUCUUUGGCAAAAGUGUGCUCAUUACGGCCCAAACUCAUUCAGCGGUGGAUAAUUUGCUGAUGCGCCUGCUGCCCUUUGAUUUGCCCAUGCUAAGACUGGGUUCCACAUCGCGAAUACUGCCGCAACUGGAGGGGAUUAGCGAGGAGCGGCUGACCCGUGACUGCAAGACAGUGGAGGAGCUGGAGCAGGCUUUGGCUGGGCCAGCCAUUGUGGGCGUGACCUGUCUCGGGGCUGGACACCCCAUGUUCCAGCGCCGGCAGUUCGAUUAUUGCAUUGUCGAUGAGGCCACGCAGGUGCUGCAGCCCACUGUGCUGCGUCCGCUGAUGCACUGCAGCAAGUUUGUGCUGGUUGGCGAUCCCGAGCAGCUGCCACCCAUUGUUCGGUCCAAGGAGGCGCGUCAAAGGGGCGCCGAUGAGACCCUGUUCCAGAGAUUGGACUCGGAGCAGGCCACUGCCGUCUUGAGUCUGCAAUAUCGCAUGAACAAGACCAUCACGCGGCUGGCCAAUGAGUUGACCUACGGCGGUGAGCUGAAGUGUGCCUCCGAGGAGGUGUCUUCUGCCAGAUUUCAGCUGGAGUUGGCCAGCCAAACACCCAGGUGGAUACAGCGUGCCCUGCAAACUCACAUAGAGCAGGCUGUCGCUUUGAUAAACACAGGCGAUUGCUUGGAACGGGGACAGGAAAUGGUGGCCACCUGCUCCUCCCUAGAGCAAAGCUAUGCCGAACACAAGGAAGAGCAUCGAAAGCACAGCAAGCGAAGGAUAUCCAAGUAUACAAACUACUGUGAAGCGGGCAUAGUAAUGCUUUUACUCAGGGAGUUACUAAAAUCCGGCUUCGAAGCCUCGAGGAUUGGUGUGAUAGCGCCGUAUCGCGCCCAAGUGGAGCUGCUCAGAAAGCUGGCCAACAAACUGGAUGCCAACUUGGAGUGCAACACUGUGGAUCAGUUCCAGGGCAGGGAUAAGAACCUAAUCAUUUAUAGCUGCACGAAAACGGGAGGCGGCAGCUCCUCCGCCGGCGAUAUGGAAAGAUCCAGGGAGGCGGAGAUUCUGGAGGAUCAGCGUCGCCUCACGGUGGCCAUCACGCGGGCCAAGAACAAGCUCAUCCUGCUGGGCGAUGUCCAGUGCCUGGAGCAAUACGCCCCCUUCCGGCGACUCUUCCAGAACAUCCCCCAGCGAUGUCGCCUCCAGUUGGAGGAUGGCCGCAUGGAGUUCGCCUGGCAGCGAAUCGAGGAGCAUCUGGCCACGCUCAUGGAGGCCUAGCAGCAGCAACAGCAGCAACAACAACAGCAGCAGCAGCAGCAACAACAACAGCAGCAACAACAGCAACAUCUAGCCCAAAGGAGCCUUGUAUUGCCACCUCGAGCAGCAAAAAGCCG